GUGUCCUUUGUUUCUGUAGUUUGAAGCUUUCCUCGGCUUCUUCAAUCAGAUGGCCCCAUCAUGGCCUAGAGUUACCUAAUCAGACGGUCCUCACGCCGCAGUCCUAAGAUCGUCGCAUGGGGCUGUCAUCCACGUCUACAUCAGAUGGGCCCUGAUUGGCUAAUCGGACAGUCAUCAUGAUGCAGUCUUAAUUAUUGCUUUACAAGAAGGCAAGGGAGAAACUCACAAGCAGGAAUAGGUUGAUGGUGAGAGUAGAGAGAAGGAUGCGUUUGAGAUAGGUGAGAAAGGAUGAGUGCAAAGUUUGCAGAUGAGGGAGGGGGCGUAGCUGCAGAGCGCACGGUUACAUCUUGAACCAGAACUUAGUCUAGAAAUCACUUCAGCUUGUGCUUUGAAAUAGUACUUGGUCUAGAAUCAAUUCAGCUUCUGCUUUGAAAUAGAACUUAGUCUAGGAAAGGGGAAAAAGGAACUUCGUCUAGAAGUCGAUUCAGCUUGGGCUUUGAACUAGAACUUGGUCUUAGAAGUCAAUGCAGCUUGUACAGCUUGUGCUGCUUGUGCAGCUUGUGCUUUGAACUAUAACUUAGCCUAGAAGUCAAUGCAGCUUGUGCUUUGAACUGUAACAUAGUCUAGAGAUCAUGUCUAGAAGCCAAUGCCGCUUCUGCUUUGAACUAAAACUUAGUCUACAAAUCAAUGCAGCUUUGUGCUUUGCACUAGAAGUUAGUCUAGAAGUCGAGAACUAAGUCUAGAAAUCAUGUCUAGAAGUCAAUGCAGCUUGUGCUUUGAACUAUAACUUAGUCUAGAAAUCAAUGCAGCCUUGUGCUUUGCACUAGAAGUUAGUCUAGAAGUCGAGAACUAUAACUUAGUCUAGAAAUCAAUGCAGCCUUGUGCUUUGCACUAGAAGUCAGUCUAGAAGUCGAGAACUAUAACUUAGUCUAGAAAUCAUGUCUAGAAGUCAAUGCAGCUUGUUCUUUGAACUAUAACUUGUGCUUUGCACUAGAAGGAGUCUAGAAGUCGAUUCAGCUUCUACUAGGUGGGUAGAUUGCGUUCCUGUUGCAGUUGGUACUUGGUGUGGGAGGAGGAGGGAAGAAAAGGGAGGUGCUGUUGAAGUGAUAUGGAAGUAGGUGCACUGAAAGCGAUGAGUAAUGCAUGAUGACCUAGAAGUGCAAGCCUAUAGUGGAUACACAAGGAAGAAAGAAUAUUCACUGCGAUUAUUCUGCACGGAGUGACUGCGACUAGUCUGCACAGAUCAGCAUCUUGACAAGCCAGGCGCCUGAGAUUAGUCUGAACAGAUCGGCAUCUUCAGGAAGCAGGCAUAUUACAAACGGGGGGGAGGAGGGGGAGGGGGAGGAGGAGGGGGAAGGAGGAGUUACAAAGGACUGCACAGCAGCAGGUGAUGAAUUAGGACCAUUGUAAAGAAGAAUGGUGAACCCCAAAACUAGAAGCCUUAGCGAUAGGGACCUGGAGUAGAAGGGCUACAAUAGGGGACAGGAUAGCCAAGAAGGGCUAGGAAGGAGGAGGAGGAGCAGUGAGGGGGACAGACGAAAGGACCUAAGUUGGUGAACUGUAGUAUGAACAAUAUUGUAAAGUAGGAGCAGCAAUGGCGCAUGGAGAGGGGCUGGCACGGUUUGUGUGUGAGAUUUGCUACAAGUGGUUUCCACAUUGGCGAGCAUGGUUAGGUCAUCAGCAGAAGCACAGCAGAGAGAUUGCAAGUCGAAAGUUUUUAAAGGAGAGGAACCCGCAUGGAGGUCAGGUAUCGACUCGGGCAUGGGCGAACGGAGGGGAUUUGCAAGGCGAAGAAGAUGGGCAGCAGCUGGAGCAAGAUCAGCAGCUUAACAGAGGUCCAGUUACGUCAGCUUCGCGAAAUUUCUUGUGCCGGGUCUGUAAUAUCACCUUCCACACAGCAUUUGAGCUGCAUCAGCAUCUUGUUGGCCAGCAUAAACAGGAAAGAUCGGCGGUAGGCAGGCAUGAUUUGAAGAGAGUAGGAAUAACCCUCCGGAAGAAAGCAAUUGCGCAGCGAAAACAGGCCGUGAGUGUUACUGUGAGAGGAUGGGGAUUGAGGGCCAGCAGCAGAUCUCAAGCACGGCGAAGUGGCUUGGACCUUUGUGACCCUGAUCUUGAUUAUGCAAAGAAGAAAUGCAGUACGGCAAAUGGGAGAGUGAACCAUGUUAAUGCCGGGAGGGAGGACGAGGGUGCUACACCGAUCCCAUUGCAAGGAAGACAAGAGGAUGGGGAGGCCAUUGUUAGACAUACUGCCAGGUUCUUUUGGCGUUGUGAUGCGGUACCAUCGAUUGAACUGCAUGGAGAAGAGGAUCUCGUUUGCAAUCAAGGGGGUAGAGAGGAUCGCGACCCUUCGUCGUUGCAGGAUCCGCAGAGAAAUGGGGCAGUUUCUCCGGCCAAUGUGACGUCUCCAGCGGCAGCACGGACAGAUAAUCAUGCAGAGUUGUAUGUGCCUAGAGUCCAUGAUGAUAAGGACGGAUUCGCGAUGGAACAGGAGGAUCCGAACCAAGAGAGCAUAGGAAAACGCAGGGCAUCUUCACCUGGACUGCAGGAGUGUGGAUUGGUCCCUGGGCGACCUGCUGAACAGCGAAAGCGAUUGCUGCAAAAUGGGAGGGUGGUGGGAGGCUUGCCAAUGAUGAAUGGUAUGAAAGCUGGAGGAGAAGACUUCAUCUGUCGGAUAUGCAGAAAGACGUUGUCGGCCAACGAUUUUGAUAAUGACAGUUCGCCCUUGAGGGUCUCUGUCCACGAUGGGGGAGGGCGGGGCAGGGGCGUAGGAGAUCAUGGAGAGAGAAGACGAACCAGACCGAUGGCUUGCACACAAGCCAGAGGAGGAGGAGGAGGGUGCCGGGUGUGGGGAAGAAAGAGAAGCGGGACAGCGGGUCCUGUUGCACGGUUCAGUUGUCCUGUUUGUUGUGAAGGAUUCAGAACAAGGUUGGGCCUCGAGAAGCACCGCCGUCUGUUUCAUCAUGAUGCAGAGGGGAUGAAAAGAAGGCGACUAUUGGCAAGCUUAAUACAACACCAAAAGCAAAUGGCUGGUUUGCCCGGCGAUGGUGCCACAGUCAGUGAGCGGGAGGAGGAGGAAGAGGAGGGAGAAGAAGCAGAUGACAAAGAGGAUGAAGAGGAGAAAGAGGAGGAGGAAGAGGAGGAAGAAGAGGACGAAGAGGACGAAGAGGAAGAAGAGGAAGAAGAAGAAGAGGAUGAUGAUGACGACGACUAUGAAGACGAAGAAGAGGACGAAGAGGAGGAGUUGCUGUUGGUGAAAGAGACUGUCGUGGAGAAGCAGAGGAAAAUGUGUCGACCAACCAGAUCAGAAAAAAGAAGUACUCAGCAGCCUGCAGCGAGUGUGGCGUGGCAAGCGAACGUCAGUCGACCGACGAGAUCGGAAAGGAGAAGUACGCAGCAGCCCGGGCCAAGUGUGGCAUGGCAGGCUGCAUUCGGGAGAUUGAGCAGUAAUGAACCACAGCGGCGAAACCGGCGGAGCUGGUGGAAAGGUGGCGACAUCAUAAUGGAGCAGCCAAGGAACUGCCGGAUUUGUGCAGAGGGAACGAAUGUGUCGAGCAUUGUCAUUUGCGAUUUAUGUGACGAAUGGUUUCACAUAUCGUGCCUUGAUCCUCCCCUCCUCUCAAUUCCUGAUUACGAUUGGGUUUGCCCCAUUUGUGAAGUGCGACGAAAAUGAUCAUUGACAGUCUUUGACCAUGUAUAUUGCGGUUGGUGAUGCACGUAGUUCACUCUCAUUCUCGUUUUCGGACAAACUUCCCUUCGUCACCCUUAUCCUGCAGAGGGUUGUGUUCCUUCAGAAAAUCAAGGGAGUGUCCUCGCACCAACUAACAGCUAGCUUAUCGGAUGUGGGUAGUGAGCAACAGACAUGAAAGAACCAAUCUUUGUUACAUAUGGAGAAUCCUUCUUUCACGUUUUCCUUCCUCUUUCUUCCUCUUUCUACCUUUUCUUCCUCUUUCUUGCUCUUCCUUCCUCUUUACUCCCUUCCUUUCUUCCUUCCUUCCUAGUCUCUUCUUGAUUUCCUUAUUCCUUACUUCCUACAUCCCCUCCUCGCUUCUUUCCUUCCCUUUCCCUGCUUCUUUCCCUUUUCUCUUUCUUCCUCUUCAUCUUCAGAUUCUUCACUACCUUCCUUCCUCCCUCCCCUCCUGCUUUGCUUCUUCCUUAGUUCCUCCCUUUCCUCCUCCCUUUGUUAUUUCCCUCCGUUACUCUCUUUCUUCCUUCCUCCCACCCCUUCUUCCUCACUUCUUCUCUCCCUUCCCUUCUUUUGCUGGCCUCCCUGCUUUUCUUCCUUCCGUCCUCGCCCAUCCUUCCUUCCUUCCUUCCUUCCUUCCCCUCGUUUCCUCCUCUUUUUCUCCCUUUCUUCCUUCCUCCCUCCCCUACUCUCUUUCUCCUCAUUUACUCCUCCCUCGUCCCCUAAUUCCACGGCUCCCUCUCUCCAUCAGCCUCCUUCCCUCGAUCUCUACCUCCUUCCUCCCUUCCAGCCCCCUCCUCCUUUGCUUCCUUCUCUCCCUGCCAUCCUUUUGCUGGCCUCACUGCCUUUCUUCCUUCCUUCCACCCUCUUUUCCUCCCCUUUCUCUCCCCAUCGUCCUUUCUCCCUGCCUUCACUGCUCUCUUUCUCCUCAUGCAUUCCUUCUUCAUCCCCUAAUUACAUGACUCCCUCUGUCCCACCCUCCUCCUCCCAGAUCUCCCUACAUCCACACCUUCCUUCUCGUCUUUCUGCCUGCCUGACUGAUUCCCAAAACUCUCCUCCAUCGAGUGAGGGUCACCUUUUCUUUGCCUUGACGAGUGAUGCACAGAUCAAUUCAGUGGAUACCUUAUCGUUUGUCGUUCGGGAGGUGUAGUAGUCAGUGGGUCAUCAUUUGAAACGGCGGAAGAUAAUGCAAGCAAACGCCAGGUUGACUUCGUUGUAGCCUUUCUGGCCACGGCAUUAAUUUAGGGUUUAGGGUUUAGAGCUGCUUGGGUAGAGGGAGGUGUUGUGGCUGUCACAAUUUAGAAGAGCUAAACAAUGUAAACAUGUAUUAUGUUGUGAGUUGAAGAAGUAAGAUGAUCCUGGUACCUGCCUUCCUGUUGAAAUGGUACACAAUGCACAUGUAAUUGUUGACUAACAGAUCAUGAGUUUGAAUCCUUAAGGAUAAAACAAUGUUAGGGGCUAAUCCCCCCGAGCUUCACAUUUAUGAAUGGAAAAAGGAGCUGGAUAUGCAAUUGCGGUCCGGCUUCUGCAGACUGCAGGUGAGGACGAGGCGUGACAAGUGAAGUUCAGUCCAAUGAUCAAAUUUUGUAAUGUGAUGGUCAUCGCAUAAUCAUAGGUAAAAGUGAGCUAUUGGAGAGUAUGUACUGAAGACUGACUGCGGCAGUGCUUUCCAUUAUGUUUCCCCCCUCUCAGGGCAUAGUCACACUAUUGCUCACCGGAAUGUAUCUAACGGCAAGUAUGGAUGGACCUGGGUGAAUCGGAUGGCAGUCACAUCCAGAGGUAAGUAGAAAAAGUCCUUGUGUGAGUAAAAUAGGGAGUAUGUC